CAGUCAGCGCAAGUUUUUAUCAAUCCAAUCGUGAGUUCGGCAAGUGAUGGUUUGCAUCAUUUCGUGGAGCGAUUUUUCCGACGAGUUUUUUGCGUAAUUUCGCGUGUGUUCCCUCCGGAUCGGUGGUAUUGCGCUUGAUUGGUUGCCGAAGAUUAUCGUGCAGGUGAAAAAAUAUUCCCAUGGUCGCAUCUGUGGGGUGAAAAUUGAAAGUCUAGAAGUGGCGUGAAGCGAAAAAAAUGAAAUAACCUCACUUUUCUUCCUCUUUGUGUCGCAUUUUUCUCGCGCGGGAUUCGAGUUGCUUUUCCGCAGCGCAGCAGGCGUGAGGGAUUUUGAAUUUGGGUAGAAGCAUUCAAAGCAGAGGAGUGAAGAAUAAUAAAAAGUGGAGCGUGGAACCAAAAUAACAAUCCAAAACUAGUGAUAGCUUAAGUAUUAUUAGCGGUUGUUAGUAUUUUCAUGGUGUGAUCAAUUUAGAAGAAUAAUAUCGAAUAUAGUGCAGGAAUCCGGAUCAGUUCCACGAUUAAAAAAAAUAGUGCAGUUUUGCAAGUACUCACUUGCGUUUGUAGUGCAUUUGUGUUGGUCCCGUGUGGCCGGAUUGAGGUAUCACCCUACGGCGGACAAACAGAAUCGUUGAACCGUUCGGAGCGUGUAUUGGUGCGGCAAUGGCACAGCAACAUAAGCUGCACUUUCGGGACCAGUACCAGCCGAAAUCGCUCGGGGUGUCCGGAGGAACAACUGGAACUAGCAGCAGUAGCGCAGGAGGAAUUGGUCACGGAGGCGGUAGUGAAAAGCGCAAACAUCGUCUGUUAGAGUGUGAUAGUGAUGAAGACGAUUUCGCUGGAUUCGACGAGGACGCCACCCGUAGUGAGAACGGAGGUUUAGGCUCGCCCAGUUUAUCGCAUUCGAUUACCGCCUUUGUGAUCCGGAAGAAAAAUCGAGAAGUUGAAGCCGUUACCCUCCCGAAGCCAUUGCCACCAAUCGGAUCACCAGUCCCGCCGGUGGAGGGCGAUUCGGCUGUUGCGCCAGGAGUAGGGACUCUUGGAGGUGCGGCAACAGUAACACCAAAAGCAGAAAAACAGGACGAAAUGGAAUCCGGUUUGAUGGGCUUCGGGGCCAUACCGGCGGCUGGAGGUGGCGCUGGUAUUUUUGAACCAAGCGGAAAGGCAGCGAUGCUGAUGGCUGCUGCCAAUCAGGCCAAACGGAAAGUAGUUGCUCCAGGCAAUGCACAAGAUGAAGCGUUCAAGCUGCCAUUCAAAUUUGGGUGGAAACGGGAACUGGUUUACCGAGCAAACCUCGAUGGCAACAGCAAAGAUAAGGGUGAAGUGUAUUAUAUUACCCCAUCCGGGAAGAAACUGCGCACUCGAAAUGAUAUUGUAAUGGCCCUGCACGAAGGUCUGACGAUGGAUAAUUUCACCUUUAUAAAAGAUCCUGUCGGUGGCUCACCCGAUGAGGAAAUCAUUAGGAGUGCCAAAUCGUACGGAAGCACAACCAGACGAUCGAUCAAUUCGGCCCCUGUGCCGGUGGUGGAACCGCCUUCGGAAAAUAGCCUAGGUAAACGCAUUCCAAAACCGAAAAUGCCCAAGGGAGCUAGUCCACCUCCAACCCCUUCUUCGGCUCGUUCAUCACUUGGCCAAUCCCGCACACCACCUUCUUCGCGUUCUAAUUCUCAAACUUCGCCCAAAUCGGGUGCUCUCGUUAGUGGUCAUCGGGGCAACGUUGGUAGUACCGUCACCCACAAACCGAACGAGAAUGCCUUCGGAGCAGCUAAGGCUGGAAAGCUUAAAAAUAAAGUGGAAACGUGCACCAUCCAGUGUCUCCCGGCGAUGGGAAUGAUCCCUCAGCUGCAGUGCAUCUCUUGUCUAUGCAUGUAUCAUCCGGAGUGCGUUGAGGCAACUACAGCCGAAAUUCUAGCGCGUCGAUUCACUUGUAAGAUUUGCAUGGAUGAACAAUCGACCGUUCCGGAUCCCGAAAGCAUGGUACCGUUCGAUAAAUCUCUAUCAAACUCUGCCGCACCACUCCACCCGACUCAGUCUUUAAACAAUGGAAAUGCUGCUCCUGUAGUUGACAAACAGAAGAAACCCACUCCACCGCAGCAACCACCCAAAACGGGACCUGGAACACCAAAAAGUGGUGGGAAAGAACCUCCUCCCCAGGAUGUGAUAGUGGUUGGAAACCAUCAAUUCAUUGUCGUUCCGAAAGGUAAACCAGCUGCUUCGAAGGCCAAAAAACAGGUCAAACAGCAGGCGCAACAACCACCUGCACAGCUGCAGCCACCGCCACAACAACAAUCUUCAUCUCAACAACCUGCGUUGCUUCUACCACCACCUGCUGUGUCAGACGACAGUCGGAAGUCUGUUGGCACCACCGGUACUAAUCAGACCAACAACCGAAGUUUCAUUGCGGCAGAUUUGGCGGCCAUUACUCAGAACAACAACAGCAGUAGCAGUGCACGAACGUCGUCGCUCGCAGCUGGUAUCGAACAAAAUAGGUUGUUCGCUUCGAACUUCUUCUCCAAUGUAUCCGUUGGGUAUGACGUACUUCAACAAACGUUCCAGUACCUUAAAGUGCAGGAACUGCUUCGAGCCAGCUGCGUAUGUCGAAUGUGGAAUCAAGUUGCGAAUCACCCUCGGUUGUGGAAAACUGUCCGGAUGAAAAAUUCGCUUGUCAACGAUUGGAGCGGGUUGGCAAACACUCUUCGCCGGAACGGCACCAAACAUCUGGAUCUGCGAAAGAUGUUAAUCUCGGGCAACAGUGAUGAAAUGUGGCUCCGGUUUGCUGAAAGUAUCGCGCACGUCGAAAAUCUGGAACGGAUCGAUCUAUGUAGAUGCUCAUCCACGGUUGUUGGUAAUCUGUUGAUGUCGAAUCCAAACAUCAAGAUCAUCAACGCCCUAGCAAUCAAGAAUGACCCUCUGGAUUUUUCCAACUUCGAAUACGGACAGUACCUGCAAGAACUCAGACUGAAAUCAUCAGCAGCCGUAUCUGUAGAAAAUGAUCUCUCACAGCUGGGCUUCCUCACAAGUCUUCGGCAUCUCUCGUUGACAUCAAUCCAGAAGCUAGGUUCCACAUCGAUCCAAUCUUUGGAGAAUUUAGUAAAUCUAGAAUCGCUCGAAUUAGGGGAAUGUACUGAAAUCGGUCAGAAUCUGGCCGAAAUCCUUCCGAGCUUGACAAAAUUGCAACGGUUACGACUGGAAAAGGGUCAGGAAAAUUUCAACAUGUUUGCCGUGCUGGAAGGCAUAGCGUCACUCCCAGACCUGAACCAGCUAGAACUGAUCAAUUGCGACGUAAAGGUCGGAUUUGACAAACACAUAAACAAAUGCAAUAAUAUUAAAAAGCUGCUUCUGAUCCCGACGUAUGUAUCGCAAUCAGCGGCUACGAAUCAUAUGGUGCUUAGUGGUGUAGCGAAACUGAAAGAGUCGCUGGAAGUUUUCAUUUGGACCGUCACGGUGGAACUGUUGCGCGUCACGGAGCUGUAUAUCGAUCAGUGUGACACGAAAAACCGAGACGAUAAGAACAGUCCUGGUGAGAGCAUACCGAUUCUGAAGCCGGUGCCAGGAGUAGACGAAGUACCGGUGGCGAACAGCUCUAACCCGUCCGAUACUCCAGCGCAGGUCGAGAUCGUCCCUCUCACUACCGUCAACAGCAUUCUCGACCGGUCACUUCCCAAGACCAAGCUGAAAAUAUUGAAGAUUCCGUUUGCUAGCACCUGGAAACAAGGUAUGAUUGACCUACCUUAGAUUCGUUGAGUUAUGUUACAGAACCUGAGAGAUCAGGAAGCCCGCUAUUUUAAAUGUAAAACACUUAGAGGUAAUUUAUUCGUAGUAGUUCUGUGUGCGUAUCAAAUAGUUUCCCUUAGGUAUGUAAGAGAAAUCACUGACAUGGGAGGAAGAGUUUAUUUCUAAGCUUUCUCAUACUGUACAUAAUUUACACUAUCUUUAACUGUCCCAUUGUUCAUCGGAGGAAACCUUCAAUUGUCCGCUGUUCUACUAUGCGGCUUUUCUUUUGAUUUGUACAACGAGAGUUACAUUUUGAAAAUGGAUAAUUGUCAGAUCAGAUCGACGAAAUUUGAUUAGUUGUUAAUUGGAUGGAGAUUUUAUCAAACAUGUUGGAACACAAAAAUAUCGCUUUUAUAAAACAUUCUGCACUUAUCUCUUUUUUUAUUUUUUGGUUUGGUUCGAUAAACGAACUACUGGACAUUUUUAUUGUUCAUUUUCUAACUUUAUGAUGUAUAAAAUUAUACUUAGGUUUACUGCGUUUGUUUUCUAAUCGCAUAUGCCUAUCAUAGUUAAGUUCGUAGGAAAAGAGAAUAAACAUAAAUUUAUGUUUAGCCAGAUAAA